UAUUGUCUCUUAAUUAGAAAUAACUUUUACGAUUUUCUGCCAAUAUUUACAUAUGAUUAUUUUGAAUAUUUUACUACUAAUAAACAUCGUGUGUCCAAAAGUAACGCUGCCACGAUAUAUAAAUCAUGUAAGUAUUUAAUAUUUUACCAGUCAAAUCAAUAAGAAGUGGCAAAUUUAGAAGUGAGAAAAGACAAAUAAAAUUUUAAAUAAAAAAAAGAUAAAAUAAACUUUUUCUUCGUGCAAAUGAAUCUACAUUAUCGACUUCAAUUUUGUAUGAUAAAUCUAAGGAUAUUUCGAGAUAAUACAAGACGUUAAGUUUUCUUAUCACUCCGUCAUCGGUAAUAACAUUUUAUAAUUAACGUGUUAGAUGUGUUAUUUAAAGCAAUGACUACGAGUUCAAAAUUUAAUCAUAUUGAAAUGUUAAUAUAAAAUUAUUUUAUAUUUAACGCGCGUUUCGUACUACGUUAAUGUUACUACUUAAUGUAUUAUUAUGUAAAAUAUUAAUUUAGUUUACCCCGUGUAAAUUAUAUAUUAUUUAGAAAAAUAUAAAAUUGCCAAAAGUAUUGAUAUUACUAUAUUAAGUAUUUAAGUAUUAUUUUUUAAGUACUUAAAUAUUAUUAGCAAUAUAAAGUGUUAGUACUUUAGUGUUUAAUCAGAAUUAGAUUGAAGGGAUUUUCAAAAUACAUUGGAAUAUAUAGCCAUUCAUCCAGUAGUACUUGCAUUGCAUGAUUUUCCAUUAAAUUUCAAUACAUUGCAAAUAUUUGGCAAAGUAAUCUAAUCGAAUUUUCGAUCAAAUAAAAUCUGAGCAUAAUGUUCACGUAUACGUACAAGCAAGCAAUCAUUUACUUGAUGAAAACAAAACACACACCGCGGAAACGUAUCUCUAUAUUUUAAAAUAUCAGUAUAGUAAAAAUCAAUUAAUGUAAAAUCAGUAAUGGUGGUACGAGUUACUUUCUCUUUUAUCUCAGAUUUGAAGGGGCGCCACAAUAUGAAAUUUCUUUUUGACAAAAAAUAUCAAAAAAUAUUGAAAAUAGCAAAUAAUUUUGAAUUCAGACGUUAUUCGUUUUUAUUAACAAAGUCUCAUUUUAUCGAUGAAGUUUUAAACGAGGAAAUAACUUUUUCGAAUUCUAGUCUGUGAAAACUAUUUUUAUUAGUAAACUAUUCUCAAAAGAAUAUCUUUUUUGAUAACUUUCUUUUUUUCAAAGGAAAGAAAACUUUUUCAAAAAUUCGAGAAAGUCAUCUUCUUAUUUAAAUCUUUAUUUUUAUAAUGAUAUCUUGUUCAUCAAAAUUGGUCAAGAAUUACGUUUGUAUUCAUUGUUGGCGUAAACCAUUACAUAUUCAUUUGAUUUCUUCAACAUAACCUAAAUUUACCACGCAAUCAGCUGAGCACGUGGAUCUGUGUGACACAUAAAGAAGAGAUCGAAAUAUUUUUUUGUUCAACGUAAUUUAUAUUUAAUUUAUACAAACUUGUGAUUGUGAAGAAGAAACUAUAAUUAUGAGUGAUAUUUCUGAAAAAUCUCAUAAAACUACCUCUGAAACAGAAAAUGGGGAAGUAUAUAUUAUAUAUGACUCGACUAUGCCAGAAAAAAACGAAAAUAAAGUAGUACCAAUUUUCAAUUGCGCCUACUCUGACAUUACAGAUGAUUCUAAUGAUAGUAAAAAUAUAUUAAUAGAAACGGUAGAGCCUAAUAAUACUACAGAUACAAACGUAUCUUAUCCAUUAAAUAAUGAAGUAUAUGAAAUACAUGAUUCUACACUUGAACUGACAAAAGAGAAUAAAUAUCAAAGAAUAAUGCAUUCUGAUAAUGUUAUUACUAACAAUAACAUUGAAUGUAUUGCUACAAAAGCUACUGAUAAUGAUAAUGUUGAAGAUAUGACUAUAGAAGCUAUUACAAACGAUAUUGUUGAACAUAUACCUGUAGAAACUAUUAUUGAAGAAACCAAUAAUUUUGACACUCACAAUUCUUCAAUGCAUAAGGAUGAUAUGAUUUCAAAUAAAAUAUCAGUAAGCAACAAAACAACUUCAUCUCUUUCUGCAAUUGCUGUAGAAUAUGAUUCUGAUAUAGAUACUGAAGAUAGUAUAUGUACCAAUAAUACAAAUAAAAGUUUGGAUCUUAAUAAAAAUCAAAAUAAUGAAAAUAUAGAAACUUUAUGUUGUGAGAAUACAAAUGUAUAUCGUAUAAAGAAUGAAGAGUUAUCUAAUAAAGAUAGUGAUAGUGAUAGUAAUAGUGACAGUGAUGAUUCUAGUAAUAGUAGUGAUUCGUCAGUAAUAGUUAUACCAAAUGAUUCAGAUGAAAAUAGUGACAAUGAAACAAAGAGAAAUAAAAUAAAAGAUAAAAGACAAUCUAAUGAAAGGGAACUAAAAAGUGAAUUGGAUGAUCUACCUCCAAUAGAAGAUCUUAAAAUAUCUGUAUCUGAAAAUUCAUGUGAUUUAGUUGGAGAAGUUGCCUGGAUGGUUGAACAAUUAGUAGUUGUCCGUCCUAAAGCUGGUAAACCAACUCUUAAUUUAGAUACUGUCCUUUUUAUUGAUAAAGGAAAAAGAACAUUGGGCAGAGUAUUUGAUGUUUUUGGACGAGUUUCUGAUCCACAUUACUGUGUAAGAUUUAAUAGUCCUGCACAUAUAAAAGAAAAUGAAAUUAAUAUUGGUAUGGCAGUUUAUUAUUGUCCAAACUCACCAUAUACAUCUAUUGUCUUUUUACAUGAAUUAACUAAAAUGAAAGGUACCGAUGCUGUUGAUGAUGAUGAGGCUCCAGAUUUUUCUGAUGAUGAAGAAGAAAGGAAAUAUUAUGAAAAUUUAAAACAAAAGAAAGUAAAUGAAAUAAUUAGUUCAGAGGACAAUAUUCCACAUAAGCGAAGACGCAAGUCAACAUCGAGUUGGCAGUCCAAUCAUCCUUGGAACAGAAAUAUAGGACAAAAUUUUAAAGGAAGGAAAUCUCAGGUUAGAAAUAAUGAUAGUUCUGAUACAUCUAAUUCAUAUAGUUCACCAUGGACAUCAUUUCCAUAUUUUAAUAAUUUAAAUUAUCCGACUAAUUUUCAACAAAUGCAUUCAACGCAUAAUGGACUUUAUGGAUAUAUGCCAUAUUCAAAUAACUUGCAAACUAGCAAUCAAAAUUCCAACAAGUAUAAUAUUAGCCCUCAAUGUAUUAAUGUAAACAGAAAUGAAACGUCAAUACCAAAUCCUAAGAUUUCUUUUGGAAUGCUUCCUAGGUUUCAAUCUGCUACGUCAGCAAAUGUUAAUAGACAUAAUACAUUUCCAGCUCCAAAUAUAAGAUUUCCACGUACAGAUAUGUAUUGGCAAUCACAAACUUCAUAUGUGAAUUCACCUUUAUCCUUUUUACCUCCACCACCUCCACCUCCACCUCCAUCUUCCAUGAUACAAAUGUUUGAUGAACAAAAUCAUGAUACCUCGCAAUAACAAUGUAUUGGUAUCAAAUUAAAAUAAUAAAACUAUAAAUAAAAAAUAUUUCAAAUCUUACAUAUAUUUUUUGUUAAAUAUUAAUAUUAAUAAAAUUUCU